UGUGCGCUGGAAGGAUCAACUGUGAGGAUUAACUGCAUAUACUGGCAUCCAUCACAGGAUACUGUUAAAAAGGAAAUGUGGUUAUUUGCUCAAGAAGAAAAGGAGACAAUUAAAGGUCAAGAAAAAACUGUGUACUGUACAAGUAAAAGUAUAAUGUCCAACAGCCACACACAGCGAGUUCAGUUCUUUGGGAACAAAAACAGGAUCUGCUCUGUAGAGAUCAGCAACAUGAGAAGAGAGGACAGCGGCUUCUACAAGUUUAGGGUUGAAGGAACAAAUAACUGGACACAAGUGCCAGGAGUCCAAGUGACAGUCACAGAUGUGAGUGAAUGGGGAGCUACUUAUGAGACGAUGAGGAUCUGCGCACUCAAAGGAUCAACUGUGAAGAUUAACUGCACAUACAGACAUCCAGAAUGUGUGACUGUGGAAAAUCAAAUGUGGUUUUAUAGUCCUGAAAAAACCAACAAAUUUAAUGUUUUACAAACCACAGUGUAUCAUACAAAUGAGCAGAAAGUGUCCAGCAGUUACAGAAAUCGAGUUCAGUUCUUGGGGAACAAAACCACAAAGUGUUGCUCUGUAGAGAUCAGCAACGUGAGUCGAGAGGACAGCGGCUUCUAUGCGUUUAGGUUUGAGGGAACAAAUAACUGGACACAAGUGCCAGGAGUUGAGCUGACUGUCACCGAUCUAAAGGUUGAAGCAACAGCGGAGAAGGUAAAAGAAAACGACACGGUGACCCUGACCUGCCGGAUGAAUUGCAGUCUGAACAGCAGCAUCUUCAACUGGUUUAAAAAUGGGCAACUUUUAAAUGAAAGCUCAGAGAAGCUGAACAUUCAGAACGCCUCUGCCAAGGACCACGGCAGUUACCGGUGUCAGACCGGAAACAUCUCAUCAGCAGAACUGCAGCUAAAUGUGGAGUACGCCCCCAAAAAUGUGGUCAUCACAGGACAUCCUAACAGUAGUGUAGCAGAAGGGGACUCGGUGAUUUUAAACUGCACAGCCUCAGCAAACCCAACUUGCAACUACAGCUGGGUCAAGGAGAACACCAGCCACGUAGGAUCAGGAGAACAACUACACAUCAAUGAAUUUAACAAGAGUCACGUGGGGUCUUAUCACUGUGAAGCCACCAACAUCCAUGGGACGACACGAUCUGCAGCUGUCAAUCUGGUGGUAAACGAAAAUAUGAAGCAUUCCCUGAAGAUCAGCAUGAAGUUUGCAUAUUAUUUCUUGUUCAACACCAUUGUCCUAAUAGGAUUACUUUUGUCACUUCUCACAGUUCUAAGGAAAUGGGCCAAGAAGACAGAGCAGCGACAUGGAGACAAGGAGAAUGUCAAAAACCCUGCCUAUGAAGACCGGCCUGCAAUCAAAGAUGAGCCUUCACAGCCGAAAGAAGACAAAGACGAACAAAAUCUGAAUUAUGCAUCUUUGCAGUUUAAGAUGGACCCUAACCAAAGAAUACAAAAUAAUGGCCAAUAUAAGAAGGCUGAAGACAGCAGUGGAGAAGUCAUCUACAGCUCAAUAGUUUUAAAAUGAAAAGGUGCGUCUGUGUCUUGGAACCCAAAAUGCAGAAACUGGCUGAGCACAAUUGCAUUCAUCCAAGAUAUCACUGGAUUGGUGACUUUUGCAAAGUGACCAGCUGGAAAUCUACAGAACUGAGAAGAAGAGAAAAGACAUUUAUGACCCCCUGAAUCGUCCAUAUCUGCCAAUAGAUCGGGCAGAUCUUGGUGACCAUUGUUCAUGUUCAUUCCCGGUAGAUUUCCUUUCAGAAAUCAUCACAAUAACAAGGGUCUGCUAAUGAUUGCACUCUUGCUUGAGCCACCAUGGAGACAUUUUACUUCAGAAAUUA